AUGUCAGGGGGGAUGCCUCCCAUGGGAAUGUCCAUGGGGGGUCACCAGAUGCAGGACAUCAAACCAGACAUUUCAUCCCUAACGUCACCAACCUCCACACAUGGAGGCUACUACGGCUUCGGCCACGGCGGCAUGUCCGGGAUGACCUCCACCCAGCCCUCGCCCGGGCCUCAGAUGCACUCACCUGGGAUGCAUUCUCCGACAUCGUCGAUGGGUUCGCCACCCAUGCUGUGCUUGAGUCCCUCUGGACCUAGUCCUUCUCCUGGUCUCCCUCACUCCUCACUUCACACAAAACACAUCUGUGCUAUAUGUGGGGACCGUGCCUCUGGCAAGCACUAUGGAGUCUACAGCUGUGAGGGGUGCAAGGGCUUCUUUAAGAGAACCGUGCGCAAGGAUUUAACGUACGCUUGCCGUGAUGACAAGAAUUGUAUGAUUGACAAGCGGCAGCGUAACCGGUGCCAGUACUGCCGAUACAUGAAGUGUCUGUCGAUGGGGAUGAAGAGAGAAGCUGUGCAAGAGGAGAGACAGCGAGUCAAGGAGAAAGGUGAUGGCGAGGUGGAGAGCACCAGUGGGGCCAACAAUGACAUGCCUGUGGAGCAGAUUCUGGAAGCUGAGCUGGCGGUAGACCCUAAAAUAGACAACUACAUUGAUACUCACAAAGAUCCAGUCACCAACAUCUGCCAGGCGGCCGACAAACAGCUGUUCACAUUAGUGGAGUGGGCCAAGAGGAUACCACAUUUCACUGAGUUGCCGCUGGAGGACCAGGUCAUUCUUUUAAGGGCAGGUUGGAACGAGCUUCUCAUAGCUGGUUUCUCCCAUCGGUCCAUCUUGGCGAAAGAUGGCAUUCUUCUGGCUACGGGUCUACACGUGCACCGCAGCAGUGCCCACCAGGCAGGGGUGGGCACCAUCUUUGACCGUGUCCUGACAGAACUGGUGGCCAAGAUGAGAGAGAUGAAAAUGGACAAGACUGAGUUGGGCUGUUUGAGGGCCAUAGUUCUCUUUAAUCCAGAUGCAAAAGGUCUGACAGCCGUCCAAGAAGUAGAGCACUUGCGAGAGAAGGUCUAUGCCUCGCUGGAGGAAUACACAAAAACCCGGUAUCCAGAAGAGCCUGGCCGAUUUGCUAAGCUGCUCCUACGUCUGCCUGCACUGCGCUCCAUCGGCCUCAAAUGUCUGGAACACUUGUUCUUCUUCAAGCUAAUUGGCGACCAACCGAUCGACACGUUUCUUAUGGAGAUGUUGGAAAACCCCAGCCCCCAGUCUUAG